UUAUCGACUCCAACUACCUGUCAUUCAUUUGGACCUGUCACGGUUGCUCAAAAUUAACACGCAGUCAAUGGAACUCUUUUGAAUUGGUCCAUUGUUCGUGAAUCAUGGCGCCUCCUCCGUCCUCUUACCGUCCGCGGAAGAAGAGAAAGCUUCCCUCAUCUUUCGCCGGCUCUAACAAUUCUCUCAUUGUUGAUGCUGGAGGGAAAGCCUCCCCAGCUUUCCCGUUGGUGUCGUUCCUCUGGUCUGCCCGCGCUGGUGUCUCACAAUGGCUCGUGCUACCCUUGAUAUUGAUGGCAGUGGGAUUGUUUCGCUGGGCUGUCAGUUUGUGGGGAUAUUCUGGCUUCGGAGUACCCCCUAUGCAUGGUGACUUUGAAGCACAGAGGCAUUGGAUGGAAAUCACGACUCAUCUCCCCAUUUCCAAAUGGUACCUGUACGAUCUGCAAUACUGGGGGUUGGACUACCCGCCGUUGACUGCAUACCACAGCUGGUUGCUUGGAAAACUUGGUUCUCUCUUUGAUCCCACAUGGUUUGCCCUGGACCAGUCCCGUGGCAUCGAAGAUCCCUUGUUGAAGGUGUUCAUGCGCGGAACAGUGAUUGCUUCGGAAUACCUUGUCUACAUCCCGGCCGUCGUUACCUUCCUGCGCCGCUUCACUCGUAUGCAGAGCGUUCCGGUUUGGUCUGCUUCAAUUGCCCUCACUGCGAUCCUCCUACAGCCCGCGACCAUCCUCAUCGACCACGGACACUUCCAAUAUAACACGGUGAUGCUGGGCUUGGUUGUUGCGAGCUUGGAUGCCAUCUUGGCUGGACGCAUGCUAUGGGCCUGCAUCUUCUUCGUAGGUGCUCUUGGUUUCAAGCAGAUGGCCUUGUACUAUGCUCCGGUCAUGUUCGCCUUCCUCCUUGGUGUCUGCAUCUUCCCCAAGAUUCGCCCCCUCCGUCUCAUCUGCAUUUCUCUUGUCACCCUUGUCGCAUUCGCUGUCCUGCUUGCACCAAUGCUCAUUGGGGCGAUUGGAAUCGAGGCGCAAGCAACCCUGGCAUAUGCCCCUCCGCCUCCUCUUCUGCAGAUUCUUCCGGUUGAGCUGGACAAGAGUUCCGUGCUUUACGCAGUCAUCUUCCAGCUGACUCAGAUUAUCCACCGCGUCUUCCCCUUUGCUCGUGGUCUGUUCGAGGACAAGGUUGCUAAUGCGUGGUGUGCCAUCCAUACUUUCUACAAGCUUCACCGCUUCGAGGCCACUCUGCUCCAACGCAUGUCCCUUGGAGCGACGCUGGCAUCCAUUGCUGUCCCCUGCGCCAUCAUCUUCCGUCACCCGCGUGCAUCGCUACUUCUCCCAGCCCUGUCAAGUGUAGCCUGGGGCUUCUUCUUGUUCUCAUUCCAGGUGCAUGAGAAGAGUGUUCUCCUCCCCUUGCUCCCCAUGACUCUUCUCCUAGCUGGAGAUGGCGGACUAAGUAGAGAGACUCGGGCCUGGGUGGGCUGGGCCAACAUGCUUGGCUCGUGGACCAUGUAUCCUCUUCUGCAGCGUGACGAACUUCGGAUUCCUUACUUCGUUAUGACUUUGCUUUGGGCCUACCUGUUGGGACUCCCUCCAACUUCGUUUGGAACAUUCCGCCGCCGUGCCUCUUUGGAAGACACCACCCCGGGCGCCGAGCUUCAUAUGCUGACCAAACUUCUGCAUGCCUGCUUUUACCUGGCUAUGAUUGCGUGGCACGUUCUUGAAGCCUUCGUGGCACCCCCUCCUGGCAAGCCGGAUCUCUGGGUGGUGCUAAAUGCUCUCAUCGGUGCUGGAGGAUUUGGAAUUGCAUAUCUGUGGUGUUUCUGGAAGCUGAUCCAGCAGUGCCGCAGGAUCGACCAGAAGGCAGCCGAGGAAACGGAGAAGAAGAACCAGUGAGGUUGCUGGCGGUGAUUUCCUUUCAGUCUACUUGAUUCUCUCGUGAUACCCAUUUUGAUGUUCGGGACUGCCUUGGGCAGAUCUUAUCGGCGAUAGACUGCGCGUUGUGCUUCUUGCGCCUGGCAGAGAUAAAAGCGGUUGCUUAAGCCUUCUCUUCUUACAAUAUUC